GCAGAGCAGAGCACUAACGGUUAAGCAAGCAAUGUGGAGAGCUUUCACUGAGUCCUUGGGCACUGAAGGCGCGGCACUGAGGCACGAGAAUUUACGUCGAUGAAUAAAUGAAGACCUUCGCCGAUGCUCUGGUCGAACACACACACAGCACACGCGUCUGGACCUGCGCUCAUCUCCGAUAUGGACCUGACAACGACCAUGGAUUUUUUACCGAGUUAAAACUCGCCUCUUGCCUUUAAAUGCGGGGAUCGUCAGAUAUGUGCUUUUAAAGAAAUGUGUAGAUAAGAGCCUAUUUGAUCGCGGUCUGAUGGCAAAACGACAUUAAGUUGUCGAGUUUGAGUCGUUGCAUGAGGAACGAAGAGCGCGGUCUAAUUCAGGCUAAGGGACAGUUAAUGGGUAAAGAAGAAAUGCGCUCUUAACACAUACAGUCAAGAACAAGUUGAGGAAAAUAUCAUGUUCGUGUAUCCUGCUCUUGCUUGAGACAUAGGAAGACUUACUUCCUAAAUUGCUCAGCGGUGUGCGUGGGGACUAUCCUACGAACUAUUUCCACAAAAGGCAACAUGCUGCAAUAAACGAAGGCAUUGCAGAAUAAAUGGAUAUUUGAUUUCUUAUGGAUUCGUAGUCAUCGGCAAGAGGAAGACAUAGCCUACUAUUCUGAAGACAUGGCUCAUCUCCUAGUUUUUGUGAACUCCGUGGCACUGUUGCUCCUGGGUAGUGACAUGUUCCUGGUGGGAGCAAAUCGACCACCUGCUCCUGUCAAUGUGUCUGUCAUGCAUCUGAAGGCCGACUCGGCGACCAUCACCUGGGAGGUUCCGGAAGGUGACAUCAUAAUUGGCUUCUCAAUCACACAGCAGCGGCAGGACAGGCACACGCAGCGCUUCAUCCGCGAGGUGAACACCACCAGCCGGGCGUGCGUGCUGUGGGACCUGGAGGAAGAGACGGACUACAUCGUGCAGGUGCAGACCAUCGGCCUGUACGGCGAAAGCCAAGCCAGCCAGCGCGUCCACUUCCGCACUCUCAAGAAGUCAGAUCGCUUCCCAUCCAACAGCUCCAACCAAGACGACCCAACGGUACAGGGCCUGGACAAGUCGAGACACCUGCAGACAGGCGAGAUGAUCAUCAUUGUGGUGGUGCUGCUUAUGUGGGCAGCCGUGAUUGCGCUAUUCUGCCGGCAGUAUGACAUCAUAAAGGACACGGACAACAGCAACAGCAAAGAGAAGGUGAAGCCCAUGUCGGAGCGCAGCACCCCAGAGCACCAUGGCGGCGGGUUGCUAAGGAGCAAGCCACAAAUGGCACCCCAGCAAACAGCUUCUGCUGCCACAACCACGAAAACCAUCCUGAACGCCUCCAGCCUCCAACCCCUCCAGCCACAAAUGCCCCCCAACAACCACACCAAUGGCUCCGGGCCUGCUGCCAUAACUACCCUACACCCCCAUCAGCACAAACGCCAGCUCCUGCUCCAGCCUUCCUGUGCCAGCCUGAGCCUCUGCAAUGGGGAUGCGGGUGGAGCUGGGGCUGGGGGCUGGGCUGUUGUGGAGAGGGAGUGGCGUUUCUUCAAGGACGCAGAUGACGUCAAUUCCAGGCCAAUCAUGACCUCGCACUGUCCGCUAGCUUACCGGCCGACGACGGACAUUUCAGCCUGGGAGAACCAUACGUUCAGCUCCACAAGGUGUCCGUUCAGCUCUGCAGAGGGGCGGCAUGACUCCCUUCCUCGGCCUGUGCUUGUGGCCUCACGCUUCGCUGAUACCCCGCCCAGGGCCGCCGCCAGGCAUAAGCAGAGUAAGCAGAGCGCCUAG